CACGAUGGCUGAAGCUAAUGUUCCUGUUUCUCAAGAUCAGUUGAGCUGUCCAAUAUGUCUGGAUCUUCUGAAGAAUCCUGUGGCCAUUCCAUGUGGACACAGUUUCUGCAUGGAGUGUAUCACAAGCUGCUGGAACGAGGAAGACUCUCUAAGCGUUGAUUUAACAGUCCAUCUUUUACUGCGUAUGCACACCACUGUCACUUUAGCUGUUUUGUUAGUCACCUCCCUCUCUCACAAGACACAAGUGGCCACACCCACUGAAGUUACUCUUCAUGAAAAACGAAAGAGAUAUUUACUUCCUGGUAAGUGUGUGUAUUUGGUCAGGUCUCUGUGUUCUAUCACAAUGGCUGAAGCUAAUGUUCCUGUCUCUCAAGAUCAGUUGAGUUGUCCAAUAUGUCUGGAUCUUCUGAAGAAUCCUGUGGCCAUUCCAUGUGGACACAGUUUCUGCAUGGAGUGUAUCACAAGCUGUUGGAAUGAGGAAGACGCUAAAGGUGUCUACAGCUGCCCGCAGUGCAGGGAGACCUUUACUCCAAGACCAGUCCUGAGCAAAAAUAUAAUGUUGGCUAACAUGGUGGAGAUGUUAAAAAAUGUAGGAAUCCCGUCCGAUUCUCCAACUCUGACCUAUGCUGAACCCGGAGAUGUGGAGUGUGGUGUCUGUUCUGGGAGAAAGCAGAAAGCUGUCAAGUCCUGUCUGGUUUGCCUGUCCUCUUAUUGUGAAACUCAUUUCAAGGCUCACAAUGACCUCUUCCCAGGCAGUACACACAAAGCGGUUGAAGCUGAUGGUAAACUAGAGGAUCUGCUUUGCUCUCGACAUGGGAAACUGCUGGAGGUCUUCUGUCGCACAGAUCAGACAUGUAUAUGUGUGCUGUGUGUCACAGAUGAACACAGUGGGCAUAAAACAGUUUCGGUUACAGCAGAGAGAGCUGAGAAAGAGAAAAAGUUCACAGAAAUCCAAAGGAAAAGCCAACAGAAAAUCCAAACUAAACAAAAACGCCUACAGCAGCUGAAGGAUGCUGUGAGGGUCAUCAAGCAAUCUGCUCAGGCAGCAGUGGUGAAGACAGAGGAGAGCUUUGAUGACAUGAUUUGCUCCAUGAAGAGAAAAUGCUCUGAGGUGACAAAGCUGAUCAGAGAUGAGGAGGAGGCUGAUGUGACUCAAGCUGAGGAAUAUAUCGAGACACUGGAGCAGGAGAUUUCCAAACUGCAGAAAGCAGAUGCCAAACUGGAACAGCUGUCAAAAACAAACGACAAUGCAAGCUUUUUGCAGAGUUUUCAGUCUCUCCAGUGUUCCUUGAUGGACCAAGAGAAAUCAUCAGAUCUCGAGGUCUGUCACGAUUUGUCAUUUGAGAAAGUGACCCGGAGUGUGUCUCAACUGAAAGACAAAUUGGAAGACUUCCUUACACAGGAGACAUGCAGUAUCACAGAGACUGCAAAACAGAUCUGCCGAUUUCUUCCCCAGAACCCCUUGACCAGAAGAGAUUUCUUAAAAUAUUCAUGUCAACUCAGUCUAGAUCCCACUACAGCACAGGGGGAACAUUACGUAUUUAAGGGAAACAAGACAGUUUCCUGGAUGGAGAAUACAAUGUGGAAUCGUCACAGUCCAGAAAGGUUUGACUACUUUUGCAAGGUGCUGUGUAAAGAGAGUGUAUCUGGAAGAUGCUAUUGGGAAGUGGAGAGGAGCACUUCAAAGAGAUCAAGGCACCGAAAACAUGUUACUGUAGCAGUUGCAUAUAAACAGAGGACACAUAAAGCAUACAUAGAUGACCCUUACCUUGGGGACAGUCAACACUCUUGGGCUUUGAGCUGUCCAUACUCUCCCUGCUGUUUCAUGCACAAUGGCGUGGUAACCAAACUCAACAUCACUGCAAGCUCUAGAGUGGGAGUGUAUGUGGAUCACAAAGCUGGAAUUCUGUCUUUUUACAGUAUCUACGGUGACACAAUGACUCUCCUGCACAAAAUACAGACCACAUUUACUCAGCCCCUCUAUCCUUGCUUUCGGAUCGUUGGGAAAGUACAACUAAAUCUGUGCCAAUAAGUGUUAGUAUUAUGUAUGUUGACAAUUGUAUCAAUUUUAAUUUUAGGCCUACUCUAUAUUUCGAGGCGAAUUAUGGUGACUCCUUUUCAUGCAGGCUGCAAUGACCGUGCCUUCAAUUUAUUUUUUUCCCUUUUAUAGCAAACAACUAUUAUCUCUCAUACUGUACGUAUGUCAGGAAAAUCUGAACUUGCUGUUCAGUCUUGAUAGGCCUAUCUACUGCAUCAUGCUGGAAUAUGGGGUGCAUUACUGUCAUUAGGCCUACUGAUAAUACCGAUAAAUAAGGAAUUACUGAUCAUGAGUUAUUUGUUAAAAAAAGGACGGUAAUAUAACAAUAAAUAUAUAGGUGUUUCUGUGUAAUAAGUGUUUUACAAAUAUGCCAUAAAUGAAUGAUUGUACAGCUGUGUUUUUCUUACGGUAGACCUUACAGAUGUUUGAUGAUACUGUAUGUUGCAUGAACAAUUGUCAAGAGACAUGAAUGAAAUCUGUUCAAACGUGGCUUAAUUGUGAAGAAAUAAAUAUCUAA